UAGUGAGACAAGAUGAGAGGGAGAUAGAGCACGCGUUGUUAUCUUAUGGUAUAAGGGGCAUCAGACCCUUCUAUACGAAGACGUGGAGGUCCGCCCGUCCCUAGCGGGAAAAAAAUGUUUUUAAUGUAACAUCUUUUCAGCAAUAUCUCCAUUCAUCGGACUGCAGCUUCAAGUUGUACACCGGACAUCAACUAUUCACCAUGCUGAGGUUCUUUGUACUCGCCUGCGCUUUGGGCGCCAUCCAGGGAGGGAUCUUUGAUCCACCAAAGGACGAAACUUGUGGUAAACCAGCAAUUACUCCACUAGAUAUGUCAACUUUUAUCGUUGGAGGGCACGAAGCCAAGCCUAACAGUUGGCCUUGGAUGACACAAGUGAUCAAGUACAGCUAUACUUAUGAAUAUUGGUACCAUUACUGUGGAGCGACCCUUCUUAAUGAAAAUUGGAUCGUUUCUGCGGCUCAUUGUUUUGAUGACAAUGACAUGCAACUAUGGGACUACCUAUUUUAUGUGGGAGCUCAUGAGAGAACAAGAUGGGGGGAAAGCACUCGCCAGAUGCUCGAAGCAGAAGAGAUCAUUCUGCAUCCAGGUUACAAUCCUCUCGGUGAUAACGAUCAUGACAUAGCCCUUAUAAAGAUCAAGGGUAGUGUCCAAAUGAAUAGUUACGUCUCGCCAGCCUGCAUUGCUUCAGAUAGGCCGGCUAAUGGUGAAGAUUCGUAUGUUACUGGCUGGGGAAAUCUAGAAUCUGGCGGGGAUUCUCCAGAUGCUCUCUACCAGGUUAUGGUACCCAUCGUCAGUGAUACCGAUUGUAAGAGGGCUUAUGGCGGUAUCACCUACAAUCCUGAUUAUAUGAUUUGUGCGGGACUCUACGAGGGAGGAAAAGAUUCCUGCCAGGGUGACAGCGGCGGACCAUUGGUGGUGAAAAAUACAGGCGGUCAAUGGGAACUUGCUGGAGUCGUGAGCUUUGGCAAGGGUUGUGCCGAGAGAGGUUACUAUGGGGUCUACACCAACGUGGCCAACUACUACGACUGGAUUCAGAGCUACAUUAACUAAACCUUCGUAUGAGACAGAAAACAUGUCACAGUUCCUCCAAGAUUAAUUGUAAUCAACGAACGUAGAGGGCGAUGCAAAAUGUUGACGCCCUCUACGUUCGUUAGUUGUAAUCUAUGAUGACAUAAUAAAAUCCAAAACGUUUGAUACCGUGUUCUGAUCGUCUAUGAAACAAGCAUUCAUAAUCAAAAUAUAAGUUCCUGGUUGCCAGUGUCAUUCUAUUCUAUUCUAUUCACAGUCAAUGAGUAUUAUACCAAUAAGCCAAGUUACUAAAUAAGACAUCAGAAACAGAGUACCUUCUAAUGAAAGUUGUCAGCACUAACAAAUAGUCAUACUCUGAAAAUUACCAUUGUAAAACCCAGAGCAGAGCGCUUCUCUGUACAUAUAGUUUGCUGUGCAAACCCUUCACUCGAGGAAAGUGGUCUAAAUAGACAGGAGAAAUAGAAUGUUUUCUCAUAGAUUCUUUAAAUAAGGGACUGUAUCCUGGAAAAUGCAAGAGAGAAGGGAAAAGAUGAAAGUGUAGGCCCUGAAACAGUCGACGUGGAAGAUAUACAAUUAUUAUUUAAAUGUGUUUUAACCAAGGGCCAAAGAGGAGUGGAUAACAUCCACGACAUAAGAGCUGUGUUUGCAGGGGUAUAGACGCGUGGAACAUGAAUAGAGUGUCAAAAACUGCCAAAAAGAAUAGAGAAGCCACGCAUUAGUCUUCAACUGACAGCAAGAUUAAUUUGUCCAAGUCUUGAAGACCCACUUGUUGGUAUCAGUGUCAAGGUCUGUGCCUGGAGACUAUAGUGCUCCUAUGCCAAUCAACAGGCUCGAAUUCAGUAACUGAUUCAGAGUAAACUUUAGUAUUAAAAUUGAUUUUAUUCUUUGAAGUCCCGAAGUGUUUCUUUGGUAUCAUUGAUCAACGUUCAUAGGCAAGCAGCUCACGGAUACACAAGCAUGAUAAUCAUAUUUAGUGGGGAAAUGGUGGAGAACGAUUACACCAAUCAAACAGUAAAAUGACCUUCAAUGACAAUGAAUUACAGGUUGAAAAUAGAAAUGAAUCAUGUUAAAUAAUGAAUAAAAAUGGAGGACAUAUUGCACUAAAUAAUUGGACUGUUUUCUUUCAUUGACUGAUAUGAGUAUUACACUGAGAUAUCGAGUUCUUGUGGUAUACGUUGUUUUCCAUCGACUGAGAAUGAGAUGCAAGAGAUAGGUACAAGCGGUUGAAUAGAGAUUUGGUGAAUCACAGGAGUAGAGCGACGUGAGGCUCCUUUUAAAACGGUGUUUCAGGCAAAAGAGUUUAACAGGACACUUUCAGGUAUUGAAAAUAUACCAUGGAGUGUUUGCUACAACAACGCAGACGCUAUCUGGAAAGUUGAAUAUAUAUUGCCAAAAGCCCUUCAUAACAAAGCAGCCUUUGUCUUAAAUCGGUGACUAAAAAAAAAACAGUUUCGUCCUAGACUCUGGCCUAGUGACAUAUCUGCAAUUUUUUGUUAGCUCCGAAUCCUAGAACAAUCUGCUGUCCCGGUUCACCAUUUUUUUACAAUGACCUCUAAGCUGUUCACUGUAACUUGACGGGCAAUUUCAAUAUAUUUAAUAUGUUGUAGAAUCCGUCUCCUAUGCAAUGGCCAAAACUCGCUAGUACAAGUAAUAAAAAGAAUACGGAAUGUGUUAUAACACCAAUGGGUGUUCAUUAACACUGGUGUAAAUCGUUUGGUGUUGCCUUCUGUAAAGGUAAUGUCUAAAACCAUGAAUACGAUUAUUAUAAAUUUUCAGAGAAUCGUCAAUCCAGAAAGAAUUGGAGUAAAAAAGAAAAGUUUUUGGACAAAAGUUAGGGGGCUGAACCCCCCCCCCCCCCCCCGCCACCUGUGCAUUGAAUACUUGGACUAAUAGUAACUUGAAAUUAUCCCCCACUUGGAUUAGAUUACAAUUUCGUACAGGUCGAAGUGAAAUUUUGGCCAAGUUUAUGGAGGCCUAUAUUACCAAUCAUUAGACCCAAAUAUAGUUGGCGCUCUUUUCGGGGGGGGGGGGAAUUUGCCCCCCCCCCCCCAAAAAAAAAAAAAAAAAAAAAAAAAAAAAAUCUCAUUUUGAAUAUUUAAGCCCCGCUGCCUGGGUAUCACAAUAAAAGAAAGAAUCUGAACG